AUGGCGUCCGCCGAGCCAACUAGUCAACCUCGUCCAGAGGAGAUGCUUGAAAGCCUUUCCCGCCAGAUGAGAAGCCUGAACACCCCCGGGAUAGCUGGAAAGGCCUUGAAAGACGUGGCAAAUCUGAACGAAGAGGACUCUGCCUCUGCAUCCGGACGAAAGAUACACCAUUGCCUGAACGCCAUUCGUUGCUUGCCAGCUUCUCGAGAGCUGGACAAAAUGGCCGUCACAGAUUUGGUCUACCGAAAGACAGCCGAAAGCAUGAUACUUGGCCUCCCACCAAUCCAAACCUUCUUCUGCAUGCCCCCUGCUCCCGAGCGACACAACAGAUGCAAGGAUUACGACAAGCUGGCUGAACUCUACAGAUCACCUGCCGAGGUUCUGGCAGCGAGGUCCCGUCUCGAUGAGGACCCUUUCAAGUCUUUCGAUCCUGACGACUCCAGCAUAGUGGAGUUGGUCGUCGCGUCAACAAAAGACUUUGGCACCUGGAAUAUGCCUGGGGUUGUACACAUGGAUUACGGAGGAAUUGCAGACCUGGAAGGUGGUCUUGCUCGUCUGGCCUUGCAUCACACACCAGCCACAGCAAAGGAAUGGUACAAGGACAACUUUUACUCGUAUCUACGCUGGGUUUAUCAGGGCCGAAAGACUUCAGCUUCUCCUUUUGCUCCCAAGAGUACCACCAACGAUGGGAUGACGCUUCAAUCUCGUGUUGAAAACUUUAGCACACCCUCUGACGGCCGUGUCUCCGGAUCUUGCGCAAGCUGUGGCUCCCGCGACGCCGCUCACGCACGCAAGUUUUGCCUAAUCACCCUCGAAGAUCAUGAAUCUGAACACACAGUCUCAGCUACGACAUAUUGCGACGAAAAAUGUCGAAUUACCCACUUCGAGGCGCACAAGGCCACGUGUAAGGAGAUACGCAAGUUGGCUCGAAGUUGA